AUCUGUUUUUCAGAUCAACAGCACACAUGUCAUCUACUCCAACGCCUUAUUCAUCUAUCCAGACAGCUGUACUUCCUUCUUUCUGCCCCUGGUUCUUCCUUUCUCAUGCGCGUAUCCCCUGGACACACCCACAAGACUGAAGGCACCCAUCAGACUGAACCUGCCGCCCAGCAAAGAGGUUGAUCACAACCAGGUCCCUGAUGAUCCAUCAAGCCAAUCCGGAGCUGUGAAUGAGGACCCACCAAGCAGGAUGGAAGGUGUCUUUGUUGGCUCGGGUGCCAAACUGAAAAUCUCCAUGGUCCUGUUCAAGAAAUCAGACUAUGCAGAGCCUUAUGCGGCAGGCGCGGUGGUCCUUCCAGUGGGUUCACCAUUAUACGUGGAGGUCUCUGUGGACAAGAAAGAUCCCAGCUUGGCGGUUGUUUUGGAGGAAUGCUUCGCUUCUCACUCAUCAGACCCUGACCAUCUUGAACGAAACCUUCUCAUCCAAAACAAAUGUCCCACCGACCGCCAGCGAGUGUCUGUGGUUAUGAGCGGCUCAUCCCUCAAGGCUCGUUUCAUUACCUCGUUCAUCCUUGUUGGAGAAUCUGGAGAUGUUUACCUCCACUGCAGCCUCAGCCUGUGUGACAGCAUGACUUCUUCUUGCAUUCCGUCCUGCUCCGGCAGAGCCCGACGUCAUGUCUUAAGUCUUCUCCACUAAAGCCACUAACCAUUGGACCAAUCACUUGGGAGAAAUCAUCUGAGUGACAUCCAUGGCAUUGGACUUUGAGUUUGAUAGUCUACAUGUAAAUGUCAGAAAAGUGUGAUUGAAAAAUCAGCAUUUUAGGUCCCAAGUGUUCAAUGAUGCUUGUAUUUAAUGACAAAGAACCCAAAAUAGCAGAAAUACUUUGAGCACUGUAAAUAACGUACAAUUGAAAUGUUUCACCGCUGAAGUACACGAUUGACUUUUGGAAUUUGUUAAUGUUCUGGCUUUUUGGGUUGUUUUUGUUCUUUGUUUGGGUUGAAAUAAGCUAUGGAGUAUAUGGAUGGAUUUUUUGAGUGUAUUCUAUUGAUUUUGUUGCAUAUUGAUUGGAUGACCUGCCCAGGGACUUGAGAAGGAAAGAAGCUGCAUGCAGUUGGAUCUGGUGUAAUGCAUGUCUUUAAGAAUGUGCUCAUGUCCCUGUUCAAUGAACAAUAAAGUGAAUUGUU